GACUUGAAAUCGUCACUGAUAAUAUGGAAUUUCAUUAGAACGAUUAGAACAAACGAAUUCGUAUUAUAUGCGCUACGUUCAUAUAGCGAGUAGUGUUAAUUCUGUUAUCAAAGUAAUUAAGGAAAUAUCCACGAAUCGCAUUUUCCUCUACAUCUGAAACAUCCGCUGUUUCACUGCUGUGGUGAAUCAUUAAUUUUGUACGGCAGAACGAAAACAGAAGCCGUACAUUUGUGCACCCAAAGUUUUUUUCUUUGAAAUGUACUAGCUUGUUAAUCGAAAAAAAAAAUCUUUCGAAAUGGCAGAUCUAAAACCGUUACAUCUUGGCCGAGAUUUGGAAGAAUUGGAAAGCCAUUAUAAACUUGGAAAAUCGAUCGCUACAAGGAAAGUUAUGUUGCUUUGUUCUAGUGCUAGCAAGUUGAAAGAACUCGCCGAUCGGUUCUACCUGGAGCGUGACGAAGAGAAUGCCUACGUCAACUAUAUGAAGUUUUUCAAUCUUAUCGAAACCAUCAAGAAAAAUAGGGAGUAUGCCGAGAAAAAGCAGCAGAUUUUGUCUGUUUUAGGGUCCAAUACGGAAAUAAUUCAAACGUUAGAUAAAUUGGAGAAACUUAAAGGUAGUCUCACACGUCGCUAUGCGGGUAUCAGUGCCGGCCGGGAGCGUGAAAUUAACAAAAACCGGAGUCAACAGGAUAGUAUUAGUUCGAUAAUUUCCUACACUAAGCACUCGGUAAAUGCUAAGGAGCUUUUUGAAAUGAUUAACGAUAGUAAGCUUAGUAUGUUGAUUAUGGACUGUCGAUCGAUCAGGGAUUUCGAGUCAUCCCGGAUUAAAUACGAUCAUGUUGUAAACGUUCCGGACGGGUGGUUGGUAGCCGGAAUGACUGCUGGCAAAAUUCACGAAAAACUGACAGAUUCUUCGAAACUGAUCUGGCAAUCCCGUAGAGUGAAGGAUCAGAUAGUGCUUAUGGAUUACAACACUACCGGAGUAGCAGCGAAGGAUUCCCCUAUGUGGGUACUGAAUGAUAUUCUGGACAAUUGGGAUCAGGAUACGAACUACAGAAAGUCUCCAAUGAGAGUGGAAGGAGGGUACAAGGAGUUCCAACUGCACUAUCCGAUGUGCUGUACCAAUCCCAAUUACUCGCCCCCAGUAAAUGAGAUAAGUGACGAUACCCGUUUCGAGGACAUCGAGUAUCCGAACAUAAGUGACAUUCGAAUGAAAGACGAUAGUUUCGUAUCUCAGCCCAAUCGACCGGUAAUCGAUCGGAAUAGUAAGGCAGCUGCGCUGCACACCUACGAGACUAAGAGCAAGCCUAUCGAGGAGAUAUUGGACGAGCAAGAAAAAUUAAUGAACAAAUCUGCUCAAAACGAACAGGAAUUGAUUACGACAAUAACCAAGCUGGAGCAGGUCCAUGAUGACGAAGAGAAAACCGCGGAUGACGAGGAAAAACGUCAACUGCGCAAACAGGCAACCGAACUCUAUUAUAUGUUGAUGCAAAUGGAGAAUAAGCAAAAAGAUUAUAUCUCCGAAAACUCUAUUCUGCGAGAACAAGUCCAAGAGUUUGAGGCAAAAGAGCGAAGCUUGCAGGAGCGUGGCGAGCACAUUUCAGCUUUGGAAGCUAGUUUGUUAGAAGAUGAAGCCAAUCAGAAAAGAAUUAAGGAUGAUGAAAAAAGUCUGGAAUUGGAGCGUGUUCGUCUUGCGCAGGAACGCGAAGCGAAGCUUAAAAUAGCUUAUGAACACAAGCGUCACAUGAAAGACCAUCAGGACGAUGUAGGGAUUCCGCGACCAAAAAUUCCUCAGAUUGAUCGAUCGGCUAAGCCAACGAAUACUGUUUGGGAAAGUCAACCUGUACAUCGGGACUUUUCACCAGUGCUGGGCCACGUGGGACGCGGCUUAACAGGGCUGAAAAAUUUAGGCAACACGUGCUACAUGAAUAGCAUUCUCCAGUGCCUGAGCAAUACUACAUUUCUGACCGAAUAUUUUGUCGGAGGAACGUUCAAAGGCCAUCUAAAUAGAGAAAAUAAAACUCGCGGUCGAAUUGCGGAAGAGGUUGCAGCUGUAAUAUACGCCUUAUGGACGGGCAAAUACAAGUGCAUUGCGAGUAAGAAUUUGAGGUACGUAGUUGGGCAAUACGAGCGACAAUUUAGCGGAGUCGAACAACAAGACUCACAUGAGUUCCUUACAAUCUUAAUGGACUGGCUUCAUUCUGAUCUACAGACUGUAACGAUGAAGAUUGAUGCGAGCCUAGAUGAUCUGCAAGCUUCGGAAAAGGCGUGGUUAGACUACUUGAAAUACAAGGAAAGCUAUGUAUCCCAACUCUUUUACGGGCAAAUCAAAAGUACAGUGAAAUGCAGACGAUGCGGGAAGGAAAGUGCCACAUACGAAUCUUUUUCGAGUCUCAGUCUAGAACUCCCUCACGAUGCGAAUAGGUGUCAUUUGAAGGACUGUCUGGAGAUGUACUUCCAUGGAGAAGACAUACGAGGCUGGAGCUGUCCAAGGUGUAAAAGCAAUCAAGAUGCCAUAAAAAAGUUGGACAUAUCUAGAUUGCCCUCGAUAAUGGUUAUUCACUUCAAGCGUUUCUACGCAGACCCUGAUUCCAUUUCCACCGUGUAUAGGAAAAAACAAAGCUAUGUUUUAUUCCCACUGGACGCGUUAGACAUGACAGCGCAUAUUGCACCAUCUGAGCUAAACCGCAACAGGAAACUGAGAACUCGGAGGUAUCACCUGUAUGGGGUUUCAAAUCACUAUGGUUCGAUGGAGAGUGGGCACUAUACUGCAUUUUGCCGAAAUUCGGUCCAUCAAAAGUGGUACAAGUUCGAUGACCAUACCGUCUCGCAUCUGGAUAUGUCGGAUGUGUGCUCCAGUGCCGCUUAUAUUCUGUUCUACUCGAUGCUUCCAGAUCAAUCACAGAUGGAUAUGCAGAUGCGAUAAGUAUGUCGUUGUUAUAAAAUUUUCCGUACUUGUUAAAUUUUAGUUUGGAUUCGUAAUAGUCUUUCCACUUUUUUCACUGUUCCAAAGUUUAUACCGCAAGAGCAGACAAACGAAUAUAUUUUUGAUAUUUCUAUCGGAUCGGUAUUGAAGCAUUUGAUGGAGAAUUUGUCUCCAUUUCAGGUUACAGUUAUACAUCAGAAACGAAGACCUGUGAUUAUCAAUCAAAACGUUCAAGAAUAUGCGAGUUUACGAGAAGUGCGUGGAAAACUGUAGAUAAUAUACGUAUAUUUUGAACACGUUUUAAAAA